AUGCUGGGGCCCAGUAGGAAUCGCCUCGCCACGGCGGCGCUGCAGUCGACAUCGUCGUCGUUGUCGGCAAGCUCAGUCACCCUGCCGAGCUUCCUCGUACCCGCCUUCCACAAUGCUGCCACGCCAGCCGCUGUAGCACCGCAACAGCAGCAGCAGAGGCGGCAGUUUUCCCAGACGACCGCACGGCCGUCCAAGCUAGGGCGGACCCCGAUCUCGAUACCGCCGGGCGUCGAGCUCGUCAUUGGCGAGCCGCGCAUCCAAAAGGACCCAACCACGUACCUGCGCAUCCCCAAGCGGACAGCCACGGUAACGGGUCCCUUGGGCUCUCUCAACCUCGAUAUCCCGCCGUACCUCGAGGUUACUCAGGACCCUGUCGACCGCAAAGUCGUCCUCGCGAUCCAGGAUCGCGAGCAGAAGCAGCAGAUGGAGAUGUGGGGCACGACUUGGGCGUACCUGCAGCGACACAUCAUUGGUGUCUCCGAAGGCCACACGGCCAUCCUGCGCCUUGUCGGUGUUGGUUAUCGUGCCAGCAUCGAGGAGCGUCCCAACAAGGCCGAAUACCCGGGCCAGAAGUUUGUCUGCGUCAAGCUCGGUUUCACACACCCCGUGGAGGAGCCUGUGCCCAAGGGUAUGAAGGCUAGCACGCCACAGCCGACAAGAAUUCUGCUAGAGGGCAUCAACCGCGAGGAGGUUAUGAGUUUUGCUGCGAGGAUUAGGAGAUGGAGGCGUCCGGAACCUUACAAGGGCAAGGGUAUCUUUGUCAACGACGAGACGAUCAAGCUGAAGCAGAAGAAGAUCAAAUAG